UUUAGACAUCAUCUUUGAAAUAGAAUCUUUUAAGAUUUUCAGGUGUUUACAAUUUUUAUUAAUUAAAGUGUUUCAAAACCAUUUAAGAGGAAGUAAAAUACUGGACAAUAUUAAACAAACAAGCAGUCAUUGCUAGCAUUUGGGAAUUAAGAGAAACAAAGUAUAUUAAGCGUUAAAAUGAUGUCUAAAAUUAUGCGGCUUACGAAUUGCACGAAUUUAGUUCUGUCGAGUGCUUUGCGAGAAUCAAAAUUACUAAGAACAACGAUACCUCUUCGAUUUUAUACAACAGAACAGCCAGCACAGUCUCCAAAACCUCCAGCAACAUCAGCUUCAAUACCACCGAAACCUGAAACUAAGAAAGAACUGCCUGGGAAAGGAAAAGGUCCAACUACAUGGAGGAGCUUAUCGAUUGCUGCUGCUUUAGGUGGAUGUUUAUUGGCAUUUAUGUGGUAUGUGAAGGAUGAGAAGGAACAGGCAAUGCUUCGUGAGAGAAAGCGUCAAUUAGGGAAAGCAGCUAUUGGUGGACGAUGGGAACUUGUUGAUACAAAAGGAAAUUUGAAAAAGUCUGAAGACUUUCAUGGUCAAUGGCUGUUAAUUUAUUUCGGAUUUACUCAUUGCCCUGAUAUUUGCCCAGAAGAAUUGGAAAAACUUGCUGAAACUGUUGAUAGUCUUGAGAAAUCUAAAGAGUUCCAAAAAGACAAAAUCCAGUCAUUAUUUAUCACUGUAGAUCCAUUAAGAGACACGCCCGAAAUAGUUGAGAAAUAUACCAAAGAAUUUUCUCCCAAACUGCUUGGUCUUACAGGAACAGUUGAUCAAGUUAAGCAAGUCUGUAAAGCAUUUAGAGUAUAUUUCUCUGCUGGUCCAAAAGAUGAGGAUAAUGACUAUAUCGUUGAUCAUACAAUCAUUAUUUAUUUAGUAAACCCCGAUGGUGAAUUUGUAGAUUAUUACGGACAGAAUAGAAAUGCAGAGUCCAUCACAAACUCUGUACUUAUCAAUGUGGCUAAAUAUAACUCUCUGAAUAAGAAGGGGUGGUUUUCAUAAGAGAUGAAAAGAAUAUCCCGCAAGCUAGCUUGGAGAAAGAGAUGGAAGGGAAAAAAAAGUUUUCAAUUUAAAGUUUUCUUUUUAUAGUGAUGAGUUGAUGGCAUUGAGAAAUUGAUUGUAACUUCAUAAAGUUUCCGCACUAGCAUUCAGUAUAUAUAGUAAAAUAUUAAUAAAGAAUAACGUUUACAAAGUA